UGAAUCAUUGAUUUUAUGGGUGUUAACCGUGGGGGGAUGGGUUUCAACAGGUAUGACGUAGUCGUCGUGUAGCAUUUGACGUUUGUGGUCUUAGAGAUUAGAAUACAAAAUUUCAUUUUGAAUCUUAUUAUCUAUUUAAUCAGUUAUAACAUCAGUAGCGAAUUACUUUAAUAUAUUUUAAAUGAAUUGGUGGUGAAUUUACCCUUGAAAUGGGUUCUAAAAGCAUUCCCGAUAGGUGGAUACCAUACAAAGCAUGUGGUAAAGUUAUAGAAGGGACAAGGAUAAUUUGUUUUAAGGUUCCGCUUAGAAGGGUUGUACAAACAGCAGUUGUUAGUCCUAAUGAAAUAUGGGAUAUAAAAACACUUCUGAAAGCAAUUCCCAAGUUACGCGCCGUAAUAGAUCUGACCAAUACGGCGAGGUACUACGAUGCACAGGAAUUAAAAUCAGCGGGUAUUCUGCAUACGAAACUCUUAAUGCCAGGACGAAUAAUACCACCGGCAACUACAGUGACACAAUUCUUUAAUGCGGUUGACACAUAUCUCGAAGUAGAUAAUGAUUCUUUGAUCGGCGUUCACUGUACCCACGGAUUGAACAGAACUGGGUAUAUGGUUUGCCGCUACAUGCGCGAUCGACUUGGCAUACCUGCAGCUGAAGCUAUCAAACGAUUCGAAGAAGCGCGUGGCUACAAAAUUGAAAGGAACAACUAUAUCGCUGAUAUAAUGGGCAUGCCGCCACCGGCUCCUGUUUUUGGCCAAGAGACUAUUGUAAAACCUAUUAAGAGGAGUCAGGUUGAAUAUCAGUCACCCUUAAAUGAAGACAAUAAUGAAGACGACGAUAAAGACAAUAAUGAAGACGAUGAUGAAGACAAUAGAUCUGAAUCAAGAAAGAAAAAAUACUAUGGAUCGGGACAUAGAAGAAAUAGAAGAAAGAAAUUUAAAGACAAAGAAAGUUAUGCCACAUCACGUCAAUCAUCUUAUGUAUAUGAUUACAAGUAUGAUUACUGAAGUGAGAACAAUGUACAAACUGUACUGUGUUAUUUUAUUUUAUUUUAAGUCUUCAAUCGGCAUAAUACUAUUUUCCUUGAAUAAAAAAUUGUAAAAAUAAAUGAAUUAAAAAUUGUAAAAUUCCCACUA